GAGGUCAAACUACACUCCUGGUCAACACGUGCGCUCCCGUUGUUGAUGGAGGGUGGUGGCGCGCCGCUCGCUCCCAUCCCGGGGAACAUGGCCGCGCUGCGAGCUGCCAAGACGGCACUGCGCCUGGAAAUGAAGCGCAAGGUGGCGGCGCUGAGUGACGCUGAGAAGCGGAGGCAGACAGAAGCCGUCAGCCGGCGGCUGAUCGCUCACCCCAAGUACCAGAAUUGCCAAAGAAUUGCAGUCUUUUUAAGCAUGUCUGAUGAAAUACAGACGGAAGAUAUAAUAAAAGAUGUUUUCCAGUGUGGAAAAGAAUGUUUCAUUCCUCGAUAUAAAUCUGGAAGCAAUCACAUGGAUAUGGUGAAACUGGGCUCUGCUGAAGAAAUUCACUGCCUUCCUCUGACAUCUUGGAACAUUCGUCAACCUGCUGAAGAUGGUUCACUGGAAGAAGCUUUAACUUCAGGAGGGCUUGAUCUGAUCCUGAUGCCUGGUCUGGGAUUUGACAAACAUGGAAACAGACUGGGCAGAGGGAAGGGUUAUUAUGAUACUUACCUGGAACGUUGCUGGCAUCAUCCAAAGGGCAGACCCUACACCAUUGCUCUGGCCUUCAAGGAACAGAUCUGUGACCAGAUCCCUGUGGUUGAAACUGAUAAGCAAAUUGAUGAGGUAUUGUAUGAUUCCCCAUAGUUGAGUUCAUUAAAAAGUGCAGAGGAGCAGAGCUGGGAUUCAUUCUAAAUAUUACACGGCAAUUGGUCACGUAAGUGAAGAGAAUCAUGCAUCAAUUCCAUUUGAAGAGGAAAAUAAUUUUUAUUUUUUAAAAAAGGAAACUGAUGAUUUUUUUCUGGUAAUUAUUUGUUGUAGCAAAUAUUAAUGAUAAGUAAAACUGAUGAGCAAAUUUUGUACCUUUUGUUUCAGAAAGCAGUCAAAAACAAUGAUAAUGUCUAUAUUUUUAUCCAAAUGUAAUUCAUCUUUAAUUUUGUGAUUUAAUAAAAUAUUUGCUUCAUGAA